GACACGUGAAAAAAAUACGAUAUGACUUCAAAAACGAUAUGCAUUGCUCAAGAUGGGUCUGCGAAUGCCUUAGCCCUUAACAAAGAUAAUAGCCAAAUUGUAAUAGCCGGCCGCAACGUUUUUAAGAUCUUUACAUUGCUGGACGAUAGAUUUGAGGAAGUCUGCAAUCUUCGAGUAGGAAAGAAUUUGAAUCUCAAUUUUUCCUGCAAUGAUGUUGCCUGGAAUCAUAAUGAUGAUCACAUAUUAGCAACUGCAGCAACAAAUGGUGCUGUUGUUCUAUGGAAUUUAAAUAGGCCUACUCGAUCAAAACAGGAAUAUGUAUUUAUGGAUCACAAAAGAACUGUAAAUAAAGUCAGUUUUCACAUGACAGAACCCAUGUGGUUGAUAUCUGGGUCACAAGAUGGUACAAUGAAAUGUUUUGAUUUAAGAGUGAAGGAAGCUAUUAAAACUUUUUAUAGUAAUACAGAAUCUGUAAGAGAUGUUCAAUUCUGUCCACAACAGCCACAUACUUUUGCUGCAGUGUCUGAAAAUGGUCAUGUACAACAGUGGGAUAUGAGGAAGCCAGAUCGAUACUUUCAACAUUUUACCGCACACAGCGGUCCCAUAUUUGCUUGCGACUGGCAUCCCGAAGCUACUUGGCUUGCUACAGCUUCUAGAGACAAAACUAUUAAAGUUUGGGAUCUAUCGGGUAAACCGAGUUGUGAUUACACUAUACACACUAUAGCAUCAGUGGGACGCAUAAAAUGGAGGCCACAGAAAAAAUAUCACAUAGCCAGUUGCGCCUUAGUAGUUGAUUGUAGUAUAAAUGUAUGGGACAUUCGCAGACCGUAUAUUCCAUUUGCCAGUUUCAAUGAGCACAAAGACGUCCCCACGGGUGUUGCAUGGAGAGGCAAUCCACAGUCGUUUUUAUCAACUAGCAGAGAUUGCACCUUGUAUCAUCAUGUGUUCGACGACGCGGUAAGGCCAGCCAGCAAAGCAAAUCCACAAAGCGUUGCGUUAGAUUUAAGAGGUGAUGUGACAUGCGCUUGCAAGGUAAAAUAUGAACCGACAAUUACUGCAAGACUGUCUAAUUUAAUGAGGAGAACACCUGUAACAAAUGACGAUGCCUUUUGUAUGGCUUCAAGUGUAAUGCAUAGAUUCUCGUUGAAUGUACGUCAGCCACUUUGGUUUAAAAUAGCUGCAGAAAGUUAUUUGCUUUCUGGAAAUUUAAAUGAAAUCUGUGAUCACAAUGCGCGUGUUGCCAUCAGCUUUGGCAAAGAAAGUAUUGGUACAACAUGGCAAGUUUUAAAAAUUAUGCACGCAGACCCCCUUGAUUUAUUACUAAAAAUUUCACCAACGGCACCCAAAGAAGACAUAGCUAAUACGUCAAACACAGCACAAGGUGGAACAAAGAAUCCUGGUAUGGAACAGUCGAACGCGAGCAAACAAUCAAGUCAUGAACACGAUGUCAAGUCUCUUCAAGGAGAAAAUUUAGCUGGCGCUACCAGCGGCGGCGAUGAUGAGACUGAAACAGAAACCGAAGCACCGGAGAAUCAAAAUAUAGGACCAUCCACUAACUCGACAACUGUACUACCGAGGAGACCGUUACUCAGUGACAUACCUUCGACAUCGAGAGGUGACUUUAUUUUCGGCGAAACUGAAUACGAACCCGUGUCUUUGGAACAUCCCGGCGAAAACAGGCAAAUUGUGAUGCGUAUGGAGGAUGACGAAUGGACUAAGGAAUUGCAGAAGGAAGCCUUCCCCUUACGACAUGAAAUAAAGGAUCGGUCACCGCCGCCGGAACAAUUUCCCAAUCAUCCACCUGAACUCGGCGAGGAUGCAACUUCUGUUAUAGUCGAAGAUCAGCCUCAGCUCGUAGUACCGCAUCUGUCGAAGCCGCUAGCCUUCGAUUUUACUCCUAUGAUUUUAAAAGCGUUGGACUAUCAUGUCGCGUUGAGAGAUCUGCAAACCACAGUAUCAAUGCUCAUUGUUUUGGGAGAAAAGAGGAAAAACUUGAAAAUUCCAAUAGCUUUACAAGAACAUUGGAUAUUGGAGUAUUUGGACAUGCUUGGCAAAUUUAAGCUCUGGCAUGUAGCUACACAGAUAAUACAAUUGGCAUGGAUUCCAUCUAUAUCGCAAUUAAAUCAGCAAUCGACUCUGAUACACUUGUGUUGUGCGACGUGCACGAAACCUUUGCAACGAUCAGCAUGGUUGUGCGACCAUUGUCAUACAUCCGAGCACGCUCUCUGUUCCGUUUGUAAUCAGGUGGUGCGCGGUAUCUAUGUGUGGUGUCAAGGUUGUGCACACGGAGGCCAUAUAAAUCAUAUGAGAGAAUGGUUUAAUGGCAAUCGGCAAUGUCCAGCGGGCUGUGGACAUCUUUGCGAAUACAACUGAGGAAUGCUCCAUUUUCUCCUUGAUCUCCUUUGUUAUUAAUACGACGAUCGAACAAUUAUAGAUAACAUUAAUACAAUCUGAUCAAGGAAAGAAUUGAUAUAAGUGCUCCCACGUACAAAAAUUAAUGUAAAUAUUACGAAAUAAUUUAAGAAAGUAUGAAAUAACAGAGUUAUGUCCAAAUAUUGUUUUGAUGUCAUAUUAAAUAAAUACUAUUUAAGUAUUACUGUCGAAUAUUUAAUCCAAAUAUAAUGUCUCUACUUGUAAUCUACUAUACACUUAAUCAUUAUUUGGAUUAAAUAUUAGAUUAAUAUUAAAAAUUCUAUAAGUUAAUAAUAUUUGACUGAUAAUUUACUGUA